GUGAGAAGCAGAGCUCGAUCAGAGCAGCGUAGGAAGCAGGCAUGAGCGCAGGAGGCCGUCACGCCGUGGUGACCACCCCUCCCCCGCCCAGCGGCGGCGGAGGACCCGGUGGUCCUAAGGAACGAUACUUCGACCGCAUCGACCCCAACGACCCCGAGUACCUGAGAGAGAGGAACAUGUCACCUGACCUCAGACAGGACUUCAAUAUGAUGGAACAGAAGAAGAGAGUCACACAGAUACUACAGAGUCCUGCCUUUAAGGAUGAGUUGGAGGGGCUGAUUGAGGAGCAGAAGAAGAAAGGCAACAACCCCACUGGUCUCCUGGCCCUCAGACAGAUCGCUGACUUCUUCAUGUCUUCAUCCGUGGCUGGCUUCAGCACCUCACCCCUCAGCCUUGGAAUGGUCACUCCCAUCAACGACAUGUAUGGAGUGGAGUCUACCACUCUGGUGAAGGGGGAGAAGCAGACACGCUGCAAGCUGGCCAGCCUCUACAGACUGGUGGACCUCUUCAGCUGGGCACACUUCGCCAGCUCCUACAUCACAGUCCGAGUCAGCAGAGAGCAGGACCACAUCCUCGUCAUCCCCAGAGGGCUGUCAUUCGCUGAGGCAUCCGCAUCCAACCUGGUAAAGCUGAACAUCAUCGGGGAUGUGAUUGACCAGGGCUCUACCAACCUCAGGGUUGACCCGUCAGGCUUCAGCCCCCACGCUGCCAUCUAUUCCAUCAGGCCAGACGCACGCUGCUGCAUCCACGUGCACACUCCCGCCACUGCCGCCGUGUCGUCUAUGAAGUGUGGCAUCCUGCCCAUCUCUCAGGAGGCCUUGAUCCUGGGUGACAUCGCAUACUACAACUACCAGGGUAGCCUUGACGACCAGGAGGAACGCCUGGAGCUGCAGAAAGCCCUCGGACCCUCAGCCAAGGUGCUGGUGCUGAGGAACCAUGGAGUGGUGGCUCUGGGGGAAACCAUCGAAGAGGCCUUUCAUUACAUCUACAACGCUCAGUAUGCCUGUGAGAUCCAGGUGAAUGCAUUCUCGUGUGCAGGCAGCAUAGACAACCUGAUUGUGUUGGAUGCUGAGAAGUAUAAGUCUCGGACCCAUGCGGUGGCCGAUGCUGGGUCUGUCAACAUGGGAAGCCCACACAAGUGGAAGGUGGGAGAGCUGGAGUUUGAAUCUCUCAUGAGGAUGCUGGAUAACCUGGGCUACCGGACAGGCUACGCUUACCGCCACCCCAUCGUUCGGGAGAAGCCUCGGCACAAGUCCGACGUGGAGAUCCCGGCCACGGUGACGGCGUUCAUGUUCGAGGAGGAGGAGGGCGCCGCGCGGCUGCCGUUUAAGUUCCUUCAGCAGAGACAGGCCAGGGAGAAGACACGCUGGCUCAACAGCCCUAACAGUUAUAUGAAGGUUAACGUGGCGGCCGUGGACGAACGCACCAGGACCAUGUGGAUGAAGUCUGAGGAAGGUGGCAACAGCAGCGGCACUCCAAUCCGGAUUGAGGACCCCAAUCAGUUUGUCCCUAUGAACACCAACCCCAGCGAGGUGCUGGAGAGGCGAAACCGAAUCAGAGAGCAGAACAGAUUUGACAUGAUGACGUCCGGACCUCGCUCUCACCACCUGGCAGGCAUCCCAUUAGACGAACCUCGAAUGGAUCAGCCGGUCCGUGUAAAGCCCUACGUGGCAUCAGAGGAUGACCAGAUGGUUCCUCUGCCUCCCAACCCCUUCAGUCAGCUGUCUGAGAGAGAGAUGGACGAAUGCACGAUGAAUGUAGAGAGGAGACAGUUGGGCCUGAGUGAUGACGAGCACGACCUAACCGCCAACGACGCUUCCACUCUCUCUCAGUCUCUGUCCCAAACUCAGUCCCCGCAAAUAACUCCAGCUAAAGAAGAGAACCACACGAUGCAGAACGGCAAGGACAGGGGCGACCACGAGGUGAACGAAGAGCUGAGCAAACGGGUCAGUCAGCUGACCACCAGCGUGGAGAGCAUUGAGGUCAAGGUCCGCACCGGCGAGAAGAUCGAAGACUCCGCCCUCUCCCCCGAGAGCUCGCCCUCCAAGUCCCCCAACAAGAAGAAGAAGAAGUUCCGCACUCCCUCCUUCCUCAAGAAGAACAAAAAGAAAGAGAAAAUGGAGGCCUAGAGAAAGAGAGAUGGAGGGAGUGAUAUUAGAGCCUAUAUACAGUACAGUUUCAGAAGAUUAAGAAGAAAGAGGGGCGGCACCCACAUAUUUUUUUGUCUGUUUUUAUUUUUCAUUUUUGUCAGUGUCCUCUUUUGUCAUUUAAAAAAAAUAUAUUUUAUUUUGAUUGUAUUUUUUAACAAAUGGUUCUUUUAAGUAAAAAACUAUGUUUAGACGUGCGCGGAAAGUGAUGAAUUGAGUUGAGGAUUCUCUUCCUCCGCUUAGAAGUGCAGGCUCGUUGUUGGGAAGGCGAGGGUUAAAAUUAUAAAGCUGCAACAAAUAUAGGGAAACUGAUUCUGGAAAGCUGGCUUCUCCCCCAUGUUCAAUAUUCGCUGCCAUUGGCUGAUUAUGUAAUUUCUUCUCUGCCGACACUGGUGGGUCUAGAUAUGCAUCAGUGGUAUUAUUAAACUGCACAAUAUGGCGACUAGCUAGUGCACGGAAACUCUUUACGCCCUUGUGGUAACCAUAACAACCACCAUGUUCUUUUCAUUUAUAUUUUCUCCUCAUAUGAGGUCCGUUUCUUCAAUAUAUAGAGAACUGAAAUCAGAGAGACUACAUAAAGUAAUAGUCACACUGGAAAACUGGUUUGAGAUGGUUUUAAACGUACAGGUUUUCUUUCCCUCUUGUUUCUUCUUUUCUCUUUCUCUCUGCCUCUCGCUUCGUUUCUCUCCUGCAUCUUUCUCUCUUUUAUCCCUCUUUUUAUUGCUCCUCUUCCUCCUCCUCUCUCACCUUCUGUUGAAAGUGAAUCUAUAUUUACAGUACCUAGCUCUCUUCUAGCCGACCUUCAACCUUCAUGCUGAUUCACUCUAAACCCGCAAAGCAUUUUUUAUUGUCCUCCUCUCCUCUUAAUAAUUUCAUUUAUUUUGCCAAACUAAAAGGAAUAAAAACUAUCACGUUUUAGUGAAGAAUCAUCAUUUAUAUACGUUUAAAUCUCAUUUAGAUCAUAAAAACAUGAGUCAUCUCAUUAAAGAAUAUUUGCUUUUUCUUUAGUUUUUUUUAAUUGAACACAAUUUGGUAGUGGUCUUCUCACUCAGUUUUGUACUCAUUUCUAUACUUUUACAGAGAAAUACAAGAUGUUACGCAUGUUUUUGCAAGAAUCUGAAUUUAUAUGGCUGACUAUGUUACUCUAGUGUUGCUUGCAGGUUUCUCUCAAAUUAUAUUCUUGUUCAGAUUACAAAAAAUACUAUAUAACUGAGAUAUAUGAAAACUGGAUAUGUUGGGUAUAGAUUUUUAACUAUAUAUUUUUUAUUUUAUUGUGCUGCACUUUUACUGUGGUAUGACUAUAACACAAUGUAGUUGCAGGUGGUUUCACCUAUGAAGGAGAUUCUAGAAGCAGAACCAUGGAAAGGUUGAGACUAUAGAACCAAUAGAAUCUAUAGAAGCAAGCAAGUAGAUAGCAGGGUCAGAGUAAUGGAGAUACAGUUUAGGUUGUGGAAAGUGAGAUGUUUCAGAAGAAAAAUAGAUAUAUUUGUGUCACGCUUGAAAAAAAUAUUAUUUCUCAAUUAAAAACAAAAAAAUGAAUUAAACUGGUUAUAAAAGAGAAAUUAUGGGCCUUGAGCGCGGAACUGGCGCUGUUGUUGCUAUGGUGUGUAUUUUGUGUGCGUUUUUUAAAAGCUAUAUACUAUAUUUUUCUCCUAUAUUUUUUAUCAUGAGACAAGGGUUGAGAAUCUUAUCCUGCCCGCACCGGGCGUCAAAAUUAGCAGGAGUGCUCCCAGGAUUGUCAUUAGGCCUCUUAUAAGUCACCCCUAUGUCAUGCCUAUGACUGCUCAUAAGACCACUUUGACAGCUCAUAGUUGUCUAGACGCUGUUUGCGUAGCCUCUUUAGCCACCUGGAAGCCUGGAAAUGAUACCACAGACAUCACAAUGACAGUGCUGUAUCUUUAUGUGCCCGUCAUUGUCUCUCUCAACUGCCACUCCUCAAGUCCUUGGAAAAACAAGGAUUUUAGACAACAUUUAGUGGAUUGACAUUGAAUCAGUUUCUCUUUUUAUUUGCGUCUCAACAGCUCCUUUCACGACGUUGUCAGUUGUGGAAACUGGAACUCGUGUUAUUAUUUCUCAAGACGAUAUACAUCAUGGAAGAGUGAUGGCUAAGUGGUUGACCUCUUGUUGAACCCUGUAAAAAAAAAAAGAGCCAAAGUCGGCAUAUAGAAAUAGAAUUAUACAGUUCAUAUACAGAUGUACCAAUAUCCCAGCUAGCAAUGUGAAGUAUUGGAUUUGGAACAUAGAGAGUGGGAUGGAGCGAGGCACAUCUUUAGCUGUGUAAGUAGCCCUAGCAUCUGUCUCACGGCAGAGUUGAGCUUUUUGGUCUCCCAGUUACAUGAAAAGCUGGAAAAAGGGUUGAGGUGUGUUGAGUUUUAGAAAAUGUAAAAUGUGGGGGAGGGGUGGGUUUUUAGGGAGAACUAUGACGUUAACGCCCCAUGUUUUUUAUUAUUACUCACAAUUCUACCCUUUUUUUCAUACCAUUUCUCCUUUUUGACAAAGUUCUUAUUUUUCAUCUUUCCAUUUGUAUCACAGACAUGUUUUCUGUUCAGUCUUUUUAGUACUAGGUUUCUUCUUCCUUAUUAACCAUUUACAAUACGAGCAUUUACAAACCGCUCUCAGAUUAAUUGAAUUUGCAUUUGCAUUCUUUUAUUUACUUUUCUCUCACAUCUACCGACCGUUUGCACCUUGUUUUACUAACUAAUGACUGUCCACCAUUUUGUUUCUGUUUAUAAAAAAAGAAAGGAUCGCUUUAGCAUGCAAGUAAUGAGCCAAGCCCGACCUGUGACCUGUGAACAUAAAUCCUAUUAUAAAUGGUUCUUCUGUAAUGGAGUUGCUUUUAGAUGUAUUGCUAAUCAGUGUAAAUUUACAAAAUAAAACUGUAUUUUAAGAAA